AAUUUGAAACAAUGAAGGAGUAAGAAGGAGACCGAAGUGGGUCAAUUACACACGUUGUGUUCAGGCAAUUCCAUGUGCCCACAUGGAUGAUUGGAGACGCAACAAACACUUUCUUUCUUCUCCUUCUUCUUCUUCUACAUCAAAAACAACUUCAAAGACAAAGAACAAACAACUGCAAGAACUAAAAAGCAAGUCUUUUUAACUAUUACACUUAAUUCCCAUCACGUAUUAUUAAGCAACUCCCUCAUUUUCCUCCUUUUCCUUUGAUCUCGUGUUUAAAGCUUUAGCCUUUUCAAAAAGUAUGAAGGAAAGCAGUGAUGGGUUUGUGAGAGCAGAUCAGGUUGAUCUCAAGAGCUUGGAUGAGCAGCUUGAGAGGCAUCUUAACAGGGUUUGGACUAGUGACAACAGCCAGAGUAAGGGAGAUGAUGAUGAUGGUGGUGAUGACGACGGAAAGCUCAGGCCUGCUCACAGUAGCACCUAUAAACCUGCAGCUUUUGUGAAGAAGGAGAGACUGGAGUGGGAGAUCGACCCUUCCAAGCUUAUCAUCAAAACUGUCAUUGCUCGCGGUACCUUUGGCACUGUUCACCGUGGCAUCUAUGAUGGACUGGAUGUUGCCGUGAAGCUGCUUGACUGGGGUGAGGAGGGCCACAGGACAGAAGCUGAGAUUGCCUCACUAAGGGCAGCCUUUUCACAGGAAGUUGCUGUCUGGCAUAAACUCGAGCAUUCCAAUGUUACUAAGUUUAUAGGGGCAACAAUGGGCUCAUCAGGGCUACAAAUACAAACCGAGAAUGGUCAAAUAGGCAUGCCAAAUAGUGUGUGUUGUGUUGUUGUUGAAUAUCUUCCUGGGGGUGCUCUGAAAUCUUAUCUUAUAAAGAACAGGAGAAGGAAGCUAGCUUUCAAAGUGGUUGUUCAACUUGCCCUCGAUCUUGCUAAAGGGUUGAGUUACCUUCAUUCACAAAAGAUUGUUCACAGAGAUGUAAAGACAGAGAACAUGUUGUUAAACAAGACACGUACAGUAAAAAUUGCUGAUUUUGGGGUUGCUCGUGUGGAGGCUUCAAAUCCUAAUGACAUGACUGGAGAGACUGGAACCCUUGGUUACAUGGCUCCAGAGGUUCUCAAUGGCAACCCAUAUAACAGGAAAUGUGAUGUGUACAGUUUUGGCAUCUGUUUGUGGGAGAUAUAUUGUUGUGACAUGCCAUAUCCUGACCUUAGUUUCUCUGAAGUGACUUCAGCCGUGGUUCGCCAGAAUUUGAGACCAGAGAUACCGAGAUGUUGCCCCAGUUCUCUAGCAAAUGUAAUGAAACGAUGCUGGGAUGCUAACCCCGACAAGCGGCCUGAAAUGGAUGAGGUAGUAUCUAUGCUGGAGGCUAUAGACACAUCGAAAGGCGGAGGUAUGAUUCCUGUUGAUGAGCAGCAGGGCUGUCUUUGCUUCCGGAGGUACCGAGGGCCUUGAAGAAUUACUCCUAAAUGCUGAUAAAAGAUUGGGAGACUAUUGUUUAAAAAUUAGAGAGGUCUAGUUUGUAUUAUAAUGAAAAAGAAAACGACAAUCAGAUACCUUGCCGAGUGGAAAAAGCGGUGGUGGGUAUAGGCUUACAAGCUGUGCUACAUUUUGUUGAAUGACGUAAAAUAUUUCCUACUUCCUUUGUCAUUUUCUCUUUUAAUUCUUUGGGGUUUCCCAUAUGUGUUCAUUUGAUUUGCCAGUCUGGUUUUGGGCUGGCUUCUCCACCCCUUCUGUAAGAUCACUCUUUAUACACUAAACAAUUCUAAUCCGCAUUAUUAAGUUGAUCUA